AUCAAUUAAGCUGGUGCAUACAUAUAGUCAAUGUGCACAAACCGCUGGUGCAGUUCUGGUCGGACACUCUUCAAGUAACGAUGAUCGCUGUUUUUUCACUCAUUGCGGCUGCUCUCGCCGUUGGAUCCCUCGUUCUGCUCCCCGUUGUCCUAAGAGGUGGAUGUCUACUUGUCGUAACAAUCGUUUGGCUGUGGCAAAUUCUACACUUCUGGCAUUGGCGACGUCUGGGCGUCCCCUUUGUUCCGGCUGCCCCAUUUGUGGGGAAUGUGUGGAAUCUUUUGCGUGGAGCCUGCUGCUUUGGCGAUCAGUUUCGCGAGUUGUACGAGAGUAAGGAGGCUGCCGGCCGCGCCUUCGUGGGAAUUGACGUGCUGCACAAUCACGCACUGCUUCUUCGAGAUCCGGCUCUGAUCAAGCGCAUUAUGGUGGAAGACUUCGCUCAGUUCUCGAGCCGCUUUGAGACGACAGAUCCCACUUGUGACACAAUGGGAUCGCAGAACCUUUUCUUUUCCAAAUACGAGACUUGGCGGGAGACGCACAAGAUCUUUGCGCCCUUCUUUGCUGCGGGAAAGGUGCGCAAUAUGUACGGGCUUCUGGAAAACAUUGGACAGAAGCUCGAGGAGCACAUGGAGCAAAAGCUAAGCGGCAGGGAUAGCAUGGAACUGGAGGUCAAGCAGUUGUGUGCCCUCUUCACAACGGACAUCAUUGCAUCCCUGGCCUUUGGCAUAGAGGCGCACAGUCUGCAAAAUCCCGAGGCAGAGUUUCGUCGUAUGUGCAUUGAGGUCAAUGACCCCAGGCCAAAGCGCCUCCUACACCUCUUCACCAUGUUCUUCUUUCCGCGACUAUCGCACAGGGUUGGCACCCAUCUUUACUCCGAAGAGUAUGAGCGCUUUAUGCGCAAGUCCAUGGACUACGUUCUUUCCCAGCGCGCGGAAAGUGGGGAAAAUCGACACGAUUUGAUCGAUAUAUUCUUGCAGCUGAAGCGUACGGAGCCGGCGGAAAGCAUAAUCCAUCGGCCAGAUUUCUUUGCAGCCCAGGCUGCUUUUCUGCUUUUGGCCGGCUUCGACACCUCGUCGUCCACCAUCACGUUUGCGCUGUACGAGCUGGCCAAGAACACCACGAUUCAGGACCGCCUGCGGACGGAGCUUCGGGCUGCCUUGCAGUCUAGCCAAGAUCGGCAACUGAGCUGCGACACCGUCACCGGAUUGGUUUACCUGCGACAGGUAGUUGAUGAGGUCUUGAGACUUUAUCCGCCCACAGCUUUCCUGGACCGAUGCUGCAAUUCCCGAACGGGCUAUGAUCUCUCGCCGUGGAACGGUGGAUCGCCAUUCAAAUUGCGUGCGGGCACGCCUGUCUACAUAUCGGUGUUGGGAAUCCAUCGUGAUGCACAGUACUGGCCAAAUCCCGAAGUCUUCGACCCGGAGCGCUUCUCAGCGGAGCAACGGCAACAGCACCAUCCCAUGACCUAUUUGCCCUUUGGCGCAGGACCAAGAGGUUGCAUCGGGACUCUUUUGGGGCAGUUGGAGAUCAAAGUUGGACUGCUGCACAUCCUAAAUCACUUUCGGGUUGAGGUCUGCGAAAGGACGCUACCAGAAAUGCGGUUCGAUCCCAAGGCCUUUGUACUCACUGCUCACAAUGGGACCUAUCUACGUUUUGUUAAGAAUUCUCUUUGAAAUACAUCCAGUAAUAGUUAUAUUAGGUAAACUUUAGUUGGACAAUUGCUGUUGAAAAUGCACCUUAGAUUUUCCUAAAAAGUAAACCACUCCUUAGAAAGGUUUAAAUUUAAUG